AUGUGGCAGGAAAUAGCAGCUUCUUGUGGAAUAACAAUUGAAAUUGCUAAAACAAAGUGGAAAAACCUGAGAGACAAUUUUCGGGCAGAAGUGAGAAAAAUAAAUAAAGGAAAAUCAGGAGACGCUGGCGGCAGCCAAGCAGAUCAUGGGUCCAACUGGGUGUGGUUUAAAAACCUGUUGUUUCUAAAGGAUCAAAUGGUUUCAAGAAAAAUGAGCAGCAGUCUUCAAAGCUCUUGCACUGUCACCACUGGUCCAUCAUGCGCACUGUCUGAAGAUUCGCAAAGAGAUACGCAAGAGAUAGAUGAUGUCACAGAAAUUGAAGAAAAUUCAGAGAUAGAAGGCCAAACUCCAGCUACGGAUCAAGAUACACCGACCGGAUCAAAAACCAGACGCCAAAAUAUACCACUUAGAGGGCAUAGAGAUAGGGGACGACUUUUUUCUAAUGACAGCACGAAUGACGAGGAUGUCCUUAAUAAUGAAGGGAAUUUUAGAAAACUAAUACGGUUUAGAGUCGAUAGCGGCGAUAAUUUAUUGAAAAAAAACUUAGAGAACUCAAAAGCGCAUGCUACUACAUAA